AUGUUCUUCCCGUUGUUGCUCGGCGCUGCCGUAGUGUCGGCUGGUCCAGCACCCAUUGCUAGAGACAGCUCCAGCUCAGCAGUUUCAGUCAGUGUGACUGCACCUGAAGAUGCAGGCGAGCCAAUUCUGCGUCCAUUCGUCUCAUUUUCAAUUGAGCUUUCUUCGUUUCCUGAUUUCGCUGGUAACUUGUCCCAGCCGAACAAGUUUUCAAAUCAGUUAUUAGACAACUUGGCUGACCUCCAGGGUGUCAAGUCCUAUAUUCGAGUUGGCGGAAGCACUCAGGAUCUCACCCUGUAUGACCCCAACUUGAAGACCGGAAUUAAUGGAACAUAUGUUUCAUCCGUCUCAUCAGACUACCCUGCAAUUGUCUCUAUCGGACCCUCAUUUUUUGAGUCCUAUGCGACAUGGCCUGGCGCAAAGUUCAGUUUCGGAUUCAAUCUCGCCGAAAACGGGACUGAGGGUCGGAAGAAUCUGAUCGAGACUGCUUCUCUGGCGUGCAAGGCUCUCAAGGGAAAACUGGCUUACUGGGAGCUAGGUAACGAGCCUGAUCUGUUCAAAACCACCACACCUGGUACAAAGCGGCCAGCCAGUUGGGAUGAAAGUGACUAUGUGGCUGAAUGGUUAUCCAAAACCGAGCUCAUCAAGCGUCAGAUGGCCAAAACAUGUCCCGAGCUCGCAACAGAUGCCGAAUACAAGUAUAUUGCGCCCUCGUUUGCCGGCUUAACGAAUAGUUUGGACCCAGUGACAACAUGGCAAGAUGGACUUGGUACAGACAACGAUGAUAUAAAGUUGAACUCCAUGCACAACUACAUUUCUGGCGCUACCUCGCCAGGGGUGACGCUCCAAAGAACUCUAAUGAACCACACCCAAACGGUUGAAAGUGUUCAGCAACAUGUAAAUCUAUCGAACGUGCUUAACGAAGAAGAUAUCACAACUGGAAUCCCAUAUAUCCUCGGUGAAACCAACUCCCUAUACAACGAAGGUAAACCAGGGUUAUCAAACUCAUUCGGCGCUGCUCUUUGGGGCGUCGACUUCAAUCUUUAUUGUGCUUCUCAGAGCAUCCGCCGAACGCACAUGCAUCAAGGCACAAACUAUCGGUAUGUUGCAUGGCAGCCUAUCCAAACUAACGAUACCACAAUCGGUACCAAGGCCCCUUACUACGGGAAUGUCAUGGUAGCAGCGAUGCUGGGUAGUGGGGAUAGCCCAAGCUCAGCGAACGUCCAAGUCGUGAAUCUUCCAUUACAAGACGAGAAUGAAGCCGCUUAUGCCGCGUACAUUGACGGAAAAAUCAGCCGGAUCGCCGUGAUCAACCUGCAGGAGUAUAAUUAUACUGUUUCAGACUCGUCGGCUUCCCGGCCUUCCGUUACGUAUGAGUUUCUUUUGUCCGACGUUUCGAGUAAAUCGCUAUCGGUGCAGCGGUUGAUGGCCAAUGGGAGUAAUGCGAUCUCGGGUAUUACUUGGGAUGGAUGGUCUUAUAAUUAUGAAUUGAAGGGUGGUGCGCCCGUACGCUUGGAUAAUGUGACUACUGGAGAGACUGUUUCGGUGGAUUCGAAGGGGUUGGUCCAGGUUAAGGUUCCUUGGUCUAGCGGUGUUAUCUUGAAUGUUUAG